ACACUCGGCAUCGAUUUGGGCACCACGUCGGUGAAGGCAGCCCUGUUGGAGGCCGCGCCGGGCCACCCAUCCGGGUUCGUGGUACUGGCGAGCUGCGCGCGGGCUGCGCAGGCGGAGGCCGAGAGCGAGGUGGCCGGGCCCCAGGUGAGGCAGCGCCCUGGAGCCGCCGCCUCCAGAAGGCUCCUGACACCCCUCUUCUCCAAGAAGUCCUCCUUGGCAGCCGCCCCCUCCCUCAAAGAAGUCUCCCUGACUGUUCCAGCCUGGCUGACCUCCGCCUGACUCAUCUGGGCCUCGCUGCCUGCUUCAGCUCUGCAGUUUCGUCUCAGGAGCUUUCCCACCUGCUGGCAACUACCUCCCCACUCUAUGGCAUUCUUUGGGGACCCUGCCCAUGGCGCUGGAUCCCCAUGCUCUCUGUUCUCCACUUUCUGACCUGCGAGUAGUCGCUUUCCUGUGUAUAUGGAAUGCCCACGGACUUCCCAGUUACUCUUGCUGCUCUGUGCUCCUCAACUCUGCCCUGUGCCCUCAAGGGGCGGGAGCAGGAUGUGAAUAGAAUCAUUCAAGCCCUAAAUGAGUGCCUCACUGCCCUUCCCCAGCAGCAGCUCCAGAAAGUCAGGGCCAUCGGAGUGUCAGGACAGAUGCAUGGUAUCGUAUUUUGGAAAACAGGCCAAGGCUGUGACUGGACAGAGGGAGAGGCUGCCCCUGUGUUCAAGCCCAGAGCUGUGAGUCACCUGGUCACAUGGCAGGAUGCCCGGUGUAGCAGUGAGUUCCUGGCUUCUCUGCCUCGGCCAGCGUCCCAUCUCAGUGUGGCCACAGGGUUUGGCUGUGCAACUAUCUUCUGGCUUUUGAAAAACAGCCCAGACUUCCUGAAGUCCUACGAUGCAGCUGGCACCAUCCAAGACUAUGUGGUUGCCAUGCUGUGUGACUUGCCAAGACCCCUGAUGUCUGAUCAGAAUGCUGCUAGCUGGGGAUAUUUCAACACCCAGGGCCAAAGCUGGAACUUGGAGAUACUGAAGGUCUCGGGAUUUCCUGUCCACUUGCUCCCCGGCAUUGCUGAGCCGGGCAGUGUGGCAGGCAGAACUUCCCACUCCUGGUUUGAAAUCUCAAAGGGGACACAGGUGGGUGUGGCCAUGGGUGAUUUACAGGCUUCUGUCUACUCCUGCAUGGGCCAAAGGACAGAUGCUGUUCUCAACAUAAGCACCUCGGUGCAACUGGCAGCCUCCAUGCCUUCAGGAUUCCAGCCGACACAGACCCCAGACCCUGCAGCCCCAGUCGCCUAUUUCCCAUACUUCGACAGAACCUAUCUGGGGGUGGCAGCAUCGCUCAAUGGGGGCAAUGUGCUGGCCACAUUUGUCCACAUGCUGGUUCAGUGGAUGGCAGAUCUAGGUCUGGGUGUUGAAGAAUCUACUGUGUAUUCACGCAUGAUCCAAGCGGCUGCACAGCAGAGAGACACCUGCCUAACCAUCACCCCAACAGUGUUGGGGGAGAGGCACCUGCCGGACCAGCUGGCCUCAGUGACCAGAAUCUCCUCCUCUGACCUCUCCCUGGGGCACGUGACCCGGGCCCUGUGCAGAGGCAUUGUUCAGAACCUGCACUCCAUGCUUCCAGUGCAACAGCUCAAAGAGUGGGGUGUGGAGCGGGUGAUGGGGAGUGGGAGUGCCCUGUCCAGAAAUGAGGUGCUGAGGCAGGAAGUGCAGAGUGCUUUCCCUUUGCCAAUGUCCUUCGGGCAGGAUGUGGACGCAGCUGUUGGGGCAGCUCUGGUCAUGCUACAGAGGAGUCUCCACCAGAAAGACUCUUAAUCAGCAAACCCUUCGGCUAAAGGAUCAUUGUAAAUUUUACCUAAUCAACAUUACUAUGUGA